GACUGUGGAAGCGACUUGGAGCUGUCCCUUCCAUGGGACCGCCUGUUGUACUCCUCCGGUGUUAUGGCAACAACUAUUCUACAUGAGAAGAUUCUGUCAAGGCAAGAGACAGAAGCAAAGUGUGACACAGAGAUUUCACAGGAAAAGUUUGAAAAGUAUACACCAGAGGAGUUCAACUCAUGUUUUGAAGAUGGCCGGCCUCACCAUACAACAGAUUCCCUGGAUGUGGUACAGAAAGAACUGAGUGACAGUCCACAGCCUCCAAAUGGUAUACCAAGCAUUAGAACACAGACAGAAACAUGGGUGAGGAAGACUUGGAUUCCACCUGUCAAGCCACAGAUAAAGAUAUCAGACAAUGUAUCCCCACCAAAGAAGAAGACACCCUCUGGACUGUGGGAAACUGAUUGUCCCAUAGACCAGUUCCUUAUGAUUAGGACUGGGAAGACACAGGAGAGUCCUGUUGGUGUCAGGACUACAAUGCCAAAGGCACAAGCCAGGGCGAUGAAAGCCCCACAGACACCUUUAGUACGAGCAGAUAUGGAACCCCGAGAACCCAGGACCCCCGGAACACCUGGGUCUUCUGUCCCCAGCAGACAGAGCAGGAAAAAGGUCAAGAGCAGAGUGGUGGAGGUCAAACUUUCUGCUGAAUAUAAGGAGCUGUGUGAGUUUGUGGAGGACAGCGCCCGGCCCGUGAUGACCUCCAUGUGUGAGUUUGGAAUCAUCCCAGCCUCACACACCUUUGAGUCCCUCACCCCAGACAUCACCCUGUUCCUCCUCAAGCAGCAACAGAAGACAUUAAAAGACACACCUGAGCCAGGCGAAAACCUGCAGCAGUGUUACCGGCUGUCCCUGUGCCUCCAUACCCUGGUGACUGCAGCUGAGCUCUUACUGCACAGUGGACUGGUGACUGCCAUAGUUCACCUUGGAGCAAUGCAAGACAAAUACAAAGAGACCUUGGGAGACAGCCUGGAGUAUGUUCACCAUCACCUGUGCCAAACCCACUGCCUGUUCCAGGAGAAAAAGGUUCUCCACCCCAAACUACUGGAGAUGGCAAGGCAGAUAGCAGACUGGAGGGUCAGGAAGAAGUGUAAGAGCAGUGACCAGGACCCUAAGAUUCUGAUCAUACUAAAAGCAGACCCUUCACAACUGGUCACAAAGGUGUCUGACAUGCUCCAAACUAUUGAAGGAGUCAACUUUGUGUCGACCAUGAGCUCAGCUGAUACAGAUGGACAGGUGUCAUCUGAGGAGGUUGUAAAGAGACUUGACAAGAGUGACUGCCUGGUGGUGUGCAGCAUUAUCAUUGGCAGUGACUUCCCCUGGGCACAGUUCUCCCUGGUUGUGGAGUACCAAUAUGAGGAAACCUCCCCAUGGAUGGACCUGUGCAAGAGACAACACAUCAGGCACCUGGCACUGAAGACACUAGGGCCCUGGGAGGCUGGGAAUACUGCUUUACCAGCUACACUGAGCUGUAAGACCCAGCCAGGUGCAUGUCCCCAGUACACAUUCAUAGGCUCCAGGAGACUCACUGCUAACAGUGAACUACUCCAUCUUCUGGAGGCAAGACAUGAUGUACUGAUAGUGGAAAGAGACUACUCCCAACUGAAGACCUCUGCUGACAGGAGAGAACAGGCCCAUCCAGACAUCAUUGUGGAUGAGAGGACAUGUAUGGUACUGCAGGACCUUACAGGUUUGCUUGGAGACAAGGAAGCUGACCCUCUGAUAAACCAGUUGCUGGGAUUGGCUCCAAAGUUCCAGCUGUGCUGGACAGUCCUGUACACUGGUCAGGGUAAAAACACCACCUACCCCUUCUCUGGAGCAGUCACCAGUAACCUGGCGCGGCUCACCGCUGCCAUCACACACCUCUCACCUAAGGAUCACGGCUUUGAGGUCAAGAUCCUGUAUGCCAGUAGCACCCCAGAUGCAGCCAGACUGGUGAGGGAGGUGGGGGACAGGGCGCUGGCUCACACCACUGUCUGGGCACAGAAAGACUGGGUCAACAGAACAUGGCUCACUGAAGACAUCAGCAUGCAUGAGCAAUUUCUACUUUCCUUCCCCUGCAUCAACUCAUUCAGUGCCCAGGUGAUGCUGACAGCAGCUCCUCUGUACCAGCUGCUCACCUGUCCCAUCCAGGAGCUUUUCACCCUGUGUCCAUGGAUACCUCACAAGGUGCUACAGGCUUUCUACCAAGUGGCACACAGUGAGCCAGACAUCCGCACAGAAACAGACAUGCCUGUUUCCUCUCCACAACCACACAGCAACUGUCUGCCUCUGGGGUCAAAACUCCCAGAAAACACCAUGAGUUCAGGUUUAAGUGACGAUGAAAUGCUGUUGAGGAAACCAAAUUUCCCCACAUCUUUACAAGACCUGGAGAGUAGUGUUGGCAAGGUCUUAAGCAGUGAAACAGGUGGCAAUCUGUCAACACAGAAUUCCAACUUUCAAACAACAGAUCUCCCUUAUCCUGAGAUGAUACAGUCCCACACCAGAGAUGAAAGCUUUGAUAUCCAUGUGAGGAGCCCUAAGAGGUCCAGGAAUCACUUUGUCAUGAAUGUGCAUGAUGAAGGUAAUAAUACAGUGCCCAAAGGACUGUAUGAAAGUAGCUUCAAGGAAUCUAGCACUCAAAAGCAUGCCCAUGAAGUCUUGACAGCUGUUAGCUCUGAUAAUUACACCCUGAAUCUAGCUUCGUUAACAGCAUCCGCACCUUUCAUCUGCCAAAACAUACAGAGGAGCUCAUCACAGUCUGCUGAAAGUCGGUCAUACACGAAUAGAAACCUGAAGAGUGAGGCUCAGUUAGUGUCAUGUAACAGAGACACCUAUCCUGUUAGGCCUGAACUGCAAGAGCUACCUAUCGUAAGCAAGUCCAUCUAUGAACAGACUCCUCUGGAGUUUAUAGCUUCUACAUGCGAUCUUAGCAUGCUGGGCGCUCACAAUAUUAGCAUCAGCAAUGAGAGCAUGGAAAGAGUCACUGGAAAUAUCGAUAACAGGAGUUUGGUAAAUUCUUCAGCUUUUCCAGGCAUACAACCCAAGGCACAUACAAGUGUGUCAAGUGCUUUACCAUGGCACACUGCUUCACUCCCAAGGCCACAGCAGAUGCCCUAUACUAUCACCAGGCAAAGCAAACAACAUGCCUCUGAUGGCCAUGAUGUUCACAACAAUAGCAUAGUGUCUGUGAAACCUUUUGCUGCUGCAGCACCCGUCAAUGACGAACCCACAGAAACUACGUCCCUCAACACCGGUGGUGUGUCCUCUUCAACUGUCACAAGACAUGGAAACCCACACGCAGCUGAUUCUGACUACCUGGCAACUUUUACAAACCUCUACAACAAUGGACAGAAUGUCAGGAACACACUUCCAACAUCACACCAAGCAGGAUAUGGAGGAUGUCCAACUCCUGCAGGUCCACAGCCGUCAUCGAGGCAGUUAUUCUCACAGUAUGGUGCUGAGAUUCAGAACCUGCCGCCAAAGUAUGGUUCUAAUGUAGCUGUUGCUCAGCCCUACCAACAUCGGCACACAGGAAGUGCCUACAGCCAGUACAACAAUAGAGGGCAACAGGCAACAAGGCAUGGCUAUGGGGGCCAAAGAGGAAAUCGGAACGGGAAGACACCGAUGGUAGCCAGGGAUCCCUCCGACCACAGGGUUCCAUCACGCCAUGCUGACAUUGAGGACAGAGCAUUUGAGCUCAAUGAACAGUAUGCAAUGUACCCAGAUGACUUCAGUCAUGUUACCAUGUCUUCAGCCACAAAGAGACGCAAGCUCACAUACGAGAAGGUACCCGGCGCAAGAGGCGGUCAGACACGUCUUAUGUUCUUCUGAGAUGAGUGGAGAGUGGAGAAUUUCCUCAUAGCAAGAAAGAUGACAUUUACCAAAACUUUGCUAUAAUUGAACAUUAGCAGUUAUAGUUAAUGUAGUUAUAAAAAUUGCAAUUGCAUUUGAUAUUUAUUCUAGGCUUUGUUUUUAGCUUGACAUUCAAGUAUUGAAUGUUGUUUAUAAAAAGGUACUGAGAAUUGUUUGAAAAAUUUGAACACUUGGAAUUUCAAAACUGUUCCUGUCAAAAGUAGCAAUGAAUUGCAGUUUCAUGAAUUCCUUGUUGAUAUUGAAAUCGACUUUCCAGCUUGUUGGUAUUGCAAUUAAUGUAGAGUUAUUUUUACACGUAUUGGAUUUGUGUUUUAAGGUGGAUGUUAUGGAUAAAGAUUGUGGACAUUUUUUCUGUUUCAAAAACACUGGAUAGAGUCCAUUACUUUGAAAGCCCUUUAUUCUGCUGUUGACACCAAUAAUAUUCAAGUUCAAAUAAGGGUUACCUUUAUUUCAGUGCAAGGGAGCUAAGUCCAAGAAAUUUUUGUUGCAAACAUGCACAUUCUUUCUUCUUAAUGUUUGACAUUCAUGUAAUGUUACACUAUUCUAAAACAUCAUUACAAUGAAGAAGAACUGCUGGUAACAAUUACAUGACAUACGUUUGAAUGUUCCAUAAUUCGUUGACACAAGAGUGAGCAAAUGUACAUCUAUCUAAAUGCUGCCUUAUAUUUUAUUGCCCUACAUUACUUGACUACAAUAUAUCAUAUA